AAAUUUGUAUUCAAUCAAAUGUACCAUCGAAUUUCUCAAAAAUACUUGAAGCUGAACAUUUACAAAAUUUUUCAAACUUUCGUCGUCAUUUCUAUCAUAUUAAUCAUCAAAGAAUAAAAUUUUCUCUUCAAGAUUAUCCUAAUAUUAAUAUUACUAAUAUUCGUCUUGCACCAGUAAAUCAAUCUGUUCAAAAUGAUUUUAUGAAAAGACUAAACAAAAAUACUUCUUGCUUUCCACAUUUAGUUUAUCAUGGUACAAGAUUAAAAAAUAUCGAAAGUAUUCUUCAGUAUGGCUUUUUGAUACCAAAUCGAGCACAUCCAUCUAAUAGUGAAGCACCUAUUAUUGUUUCAGAACAUGGUCGAGCUUUUGGUACUGGAAUUUAUUCAAGUUAUUCAGCUGCUUAUUCAUUAUUAUAUAUUAAUGCUACUAAUACUUUUUUAGCAUGUGCAGCAAUACCAAAACGUGACAAAGUUGGGAAAAUUGAACGUUUCCAUGGAAAUAUAUUAGUUUUAUCUCAUAUAUCACAAAUUAUACCAUUAUUUUUAAUUGAUUUUAAAUAUCUAAAUGGAUUAUGGAGAAAUUAUCCUUGUUUCAAUGAAGAAAAACAAUGCAAGAUAGAUAAAAACAAUGAAAUAAAAAAACCUGUUAUUAUUUCAAGAAAAUAUUUACGAAAAGUAUUAAACUAUAUGAAUGAUGAAGUACGAAAGAACAAUCGAUAUCAAGUGCGAUCGUUUGAAUUCUUUAACUAA